GUUAGUCUUGCAUUAUCUUUAUGAAUACAGCGUUUAAAAUUGAUACAUUUAGAAAUGCGCGAGUUUAAAUACGACGUAGUGCAGUUAAUUCACGCGGUAAAAGACCGGCCAUGCCUUUGGGAUAAAACAGCGGAAGUAUACAAGGACCGAGCUGAAAGACGUGCCGCAUGGGAGGAGGUUUUUAGUCUAUUAGAAGAUAACUACGAGGGAAUGUCGUCAGAACAAAAACGAAUCACCGGUGAGCAAAUUCUGAACAAGUGGACAAACAUCCGGGAUACAUUCGUGAAGACUCUCAAACGCUCCAAAAUGGGUAGACCUCGCAGAAAAUAUCUACUGUACGACCACGUAAAAUUCCUCAUCAAAGUUACCAACACGGAGGAAGACUUCAAAGUCGAACUGAGCACUGACGACAUCACAUCCUAUAUGAAAACGGAGAGAGAAAGUCCAAAGGAAAUCCCAAGCACUAGUUCUAGGAAAAGGUCAAAGAAACUGGAAUAUAGUGACGAAGAAGCAAAAAGGAGCCAAGAAUAUGAAAAUUAUGAGAAAUACGAGAAAUAUGAAAAAAUGGAAGCGGAUUUUGCUGAAAUCGACGAAUGUAAUGAUCCGAGGAUUAUGAAUGAGGACGAAGCAUUCUUUGCUUCCCUUCUGCCAUCGGUCGUAAAGUACUCUGAAGAUGAAAGACUGGAGUUUAGGAUUGAGGUGCUGGCUGUUAUGAAGAAAAUCAAGGAGAAGAGGAAUUGGUGAUUUGUGCUAUAUUAUGUAAGACUUAUGGCCAGCACACACUGGGAACGCUAGGCAGAUAAUUCUAUCUUUACCUAACUUUUUUUUAUAUACCAAGCAGAUAGUCCCACUUAUAAACAGAGCGACACUUACAUUGAAGGAGCAUAUCAGGUGAUUGAAUACUUAUUACUGAUUAUUUAGAUGUUGAUAACAAACAGAAAACCUAGAAAAUACCAUACUCUAAGUGCAGUGUAAGCUUAUCUACCUUUGUGUCGCUAUAGUAUCGAAAAAGCGCGUGCGGGUCAUCUCCAAGCGGCCAAUAGGUCGGUUGGGGGUACGGGCCUCGAGGCAACGCCUCCUUAAGCGCCACCUAGUGAUAGUUCGGUUACCAAGUAUUGCCACUAGGUACCUUUGUACGUAUAAAUCGCAGUGAAAUUACACAAAAUCGAAUAGGUAAACUUAGGUAAAUAAUCUCACACUUCCCAGGUAAAAUACAUUUACAGUUAGUUUUACAAACGGUUUUAUAAAGAUUACGUCAUUAUUGUUUUACUACAUAUACAAUGAGAUCUAAUUUGUAGUGUUUGUAAAUGAAAGAUUUAUUUAAUAGAUAAGUUUUUAAUGAUCAUUUUUGUAGCACUUUUAAAAAUAAUGUUUACACAGUAAUCGUUAAUUACUCAAAACACAUUUUGGAUGAAAUAAAAAAAAA